UUUUCAUGUGAAAAAAACGAGCUGAAACGAAAGCGAGAUAGACACGGCCUCAGAAAACAGUCGUAGGUUGGCAAAGCAUUGAUUACCCGUGUCCACCUUCCCACUCCACACACAUCGUGCGGAGAGCGUUCAUUGCAUCAUCCUGGUCCAACCCGUGAAAGUGCGUCUGGAUUUGAUUACGGCCAGGGCUAACGAUUCCACACAAUGAUUAUGCCCAGCCUCUUCUAGUUUGCCAACGCCUUUGUUCACGAUAACAUUGCACAGACAACAUAUAUUCAUACGUAUAUACAUCAGUCAAUAGUGUGGUGAUCAAAAUGACCCUGUUGUGAUUGUGAACCUGAUCAGUGACCAAGUCCAAACAAGUGCAGAAUACCAUCAACCGAGCGCAAGAAACGCGAUAUAUGUGCAUGUGUGCGUGCGUUUUUUAAUUUGUUUUCAUUUUUUGAGCGUGUCAAGACCAUGGGACAGACCCUAUCCGAGCCGAUCACGGCCAAGGAGUCGGCCUCGCUGCAAAGUUCACGGGUUAAAGUGGGAUCUUCAUCCAUGCAAGGCUGGAGGAUCUCUAUGGAAGAUGCUCACACUCACAUUCUUCAACUCACCGAAGACAAAGACGCCAUGUUCUUCGGAGUUUACGAUGGACACGGAGGCGGCAAGAUUGCUGCAUACGUUUCAAAACAUUUGCACAAAAUCAUCCUCAAACAGCCAGAAUACCAGAAAGGAGAUAUCGAAACGGCCAUCGCCAAGGGCUUUCUUGAAUGUGACGAGACCAUGAGGACGGAGGAAUCCCUCAAGGAUGAGAUGUCCGGUUCCACUGCCAUCACAGCUCUUGUGAGGGACAACAAGGUGUUCAUCAACAACGUGGGCGACAGUCGUUGCAUCGCGGGUGUGAGUGGCAAGGCCUUGGCCCUCUCCGUGGACCACAAACCGCAAGACGAGAAAGAACACCAACGGAUUGUGAACGCCGGAGGUUUUGUCGAAUUCAAUCGAGUCAACGGCAACCUGGCCCUGAGUCGUGCCUUGGGCGAUUUUGCCUUCAAGACCAACACCACGCUCCCCGCGGAAGAGCAGGUGGUAUCCAGUUGUCCGGACAUUGUGGUGCGCGAGAUCGGGGACGACUGGGAUUUCAUUCUCCUGGCCUGCGACGGCAUCUGGGAUGUCCUCACCAACCAGGACGUGGCGGACUUUGUGAUCAAACGCAUUGGCGAGGGCAAGGAGCCCGAAGUGAUCUGUGAAGAGCUCAUGACCAAGUGCUUGGCUCCGGACAGCACGAUGGGCGGGUUAGGCUGCGACAACAUGACCGUCAUCCUAGUCUGUUUGCUUCAAGACAAGCCCUACCAAAGAUUGGUGGACAAAUGCGCGAAACUGGCUGCGAAUUUGGCGUCGGAGCGUAAUCAGGAGGAAGGCGACCAGCUCAAUGGUUCCGGUGAAAAUGGGACUGACCCGAAAACCACCAAUGGUCAUGCCAUCGACUCCCCCGUCUCCUCCACCCCCUCGUCUUUUUCCUCAAGUGCCACAUCUCCUUCCUCUAUUCAGGGAAACGAUGAGGGCGAAGGGGCCGAAAGUCAAGACAAGCGGUCCAAAUUGGAACCGAUGGCGGCCAAGACGACCACCUCACCGACCUCUUCGGAUACUCAAGCCACCGUGGAACCGGGCGCGGAUGGAUAGUCAAUCAGUAUUCCCUCCGGGACCAGCGGACAUCCUUCGCUCAGCCUCGCCCAUGCCCUCCACCACCUCGCCCAUUGGAUGCUAUAUACUAUACCAUACGUCAUACUACCUUUGUUGACCAAAUCUUUUUCCGUCUUAGCCAGACCACCCUUUGUUGAAGCAGAGCUCUCUCCUUCACUCCACCUCAGUUGGGUCAUUUUGUGGCACAAUGGCAAGCCACUUGUUACAUCCAUGCUGGACUUGUCUGCAAACCAACCGAGGCCACUUAUGUACAGGGUCAGGAUCGUCCGUACCCUCGGAGUCGUCCUAGACUUUGGGGCAGGGUAGUAAGAUUCCCGCCCACUUACCUAUGAAAAAGACAAGGCCAAGAAAGUUGGCAUGACAUGAGACGAGGUAACUAUUAAUUCAGGAAAGUGAACCCUCUCCGCCGUCGAUGAUCCCAAAUCGCGCAUCCCACCCACCCGCCCCUCCUCCCUCUAUGCCCACGCCCUUCUCCCGCAUCCCCACUCAGACGCAACCCCUCCCGCUUCCUCCACUCUUUCUAGGCAUUCUCAUUACACUGAAUGAUCUUCAAAUUAUUACUAUCGUUUGUGCAACAAAAACUACUAAUUCUAUAAUUUUGUUCUGAAACCGAGAGGAUUAAAUUUUGCUACGAAUA